AUGGUCCAUGUUUUCUUUGUUGGCGGCACAGGCCAUAUUGGUGGCGCCGUGCUUGACCAGCUCCUCCAGAAGCAUGCGGACGCGAAAGUAAAAAUCUUGGUGCGAGAUGAGGCCAAGGCUGCGCGCUUGGUCGAUCUCUACCCACAAGUUGAAUACGUCGUUGGUGACGCGAGAGAUCUCGAGACUCUAGAAAAAUGCAGCCAGGUGGCCGACAUCGUUAUCAACACGGCUCCGGAUAUCACGCACGACGAGGGAAUUAAGGCGAUUUUAUCAGGUCUGAAAACUCGACGCAGUACUAAUAAUAAGAAGCCAUACUACAUUCAUACGUCAGGGGCAUCUCUCAUCUGGGAUGAGCCCACUGGCUCCAAGGACGCCCGCUGGUGGGACGAUAUCGCCGACAUUCGGGACAUCAGUGCGUUCAAGAGCGUCGACGACACGCACGCCGUGACCGACAACAUCGUGCGAGAUGCGGCUCCUGAUGUCAACGUGGCGAUCGUCUCGCCGGGUUUUGUUGGGGGCAUGAGUCCCUCCAUUGAGCACCCGACCCCGAUCACGAUGCCUGCCAUCCUGCUCACCGCUCGUGCUUUCAAGUCGGGCUGGCAAAUCGCCGAGGGAGAGAAUACGCACGCCUGGAUCCAUGUCUUAGACCUUGCAAGGAUGUAUUUGAUCCUCGUCGGAAAGGCCAUUGACGUUGCGUCCGAGUCUAAGCCAUUUUCCAUCUGGGGACCAGAUGCCUACUAUUUUGGCACCAGCGAGGACAUCUCGUUCGGAAACUUCAUGAGACAUCUUGUGCAUGUUAUCAAGGACCAAGAAGUGAUUGAAAGCACCGAAAUAAAGUCGGUCAGUGUGGCCGAGGCUGCGAGGGCCAGCAUCGCUGGUAGCGACUACAAUCCUAACACCUCGCCGCCCCCACCGGACACCUGGGCCAUGCAUAUUGCUAUCAUGUACGGAAUCAACAUGCGCAUCAGCGCGUCGAGGAUGAAGAUGCUUGGUUGGAAUGCAGAGAUGGGCACCAUAGUCGAUAGCUUUCCACAAGUAGUCGCCGAAUACUUGAAGCGGGAGAAAUUGGGCGACAGAAAAUAG